CCAGUGGAUCCAGCCUUGUCCUGCUGUGACCUCUCAGGUCUCCCUGCUGCCAUCUUCCUUUUUGAUGUCAUCAACCGUUCGAUAUCUGCCAUCCCUCUCUGCCAAGCCCUCCACUGGCCUCCACCCCUCUCUGCCAAGCCCUCCACUGCCCUCCACUGGUCUCCACCCCUCUCUGCCAAUCCCUCCACCCCUCUCUGCCAAGCCCUCCACUGGCCUCCACCCCUCUCUGCCAAGCCCUCCACUGGCCUCCACCCUCUCUGCCAAGCCCUCCACUGGCCUCCACCCCUCUCUGCAAAUCCUUCCACUGACCUCCACCCCUCUCUGCCAAGCCCUCCACUGA